CUGACCAUAUCUGGGGUUACUCAGGUUUCCUUUCUUUCAUCUCCCACUUUCUUUAACGCGCUCGCACUGCUAGGUUGACUCCAGUGCGCGCUUGCUUUGCUUCAUUCCGGCUUCUUUUAGCAAACAAAGAAGAGAAAUAUCUCAUCCACCGGCAUUUGAAGACUUUGUUACGAUAGGAUCAUCAUAUAUUCUUAUAAACUCUUUCAUACUGUCUGGACUUCCAUGCUUGUUUUUUUCCUUGUCUGCCUGAGCGUGCAGAUCUGCGAGGUACUGUGGCGUUCAUAAUCUCAACUUCAAAGGUCACAGAAGGCUCGCCAGCCUCCCAACGACUUGCAAAAUGGUGCACGCACAUGCUCACCAAGACCAUGGGGCUCACCUGGAGGCACGCGGUGAUGGCGAUGUGACGGUGGUUUAUGUGACAAUGACUCCGGAUUUCGAUGGGCCGAUCGGAGGCUAUGUAACCGGGGACCAGACAUCCUCAACAUCUUCAAGUACCAAGCGCAAGACAGCGGGUGUCGGCGCUGCAGUUCAACAGACACGGUCCUCGUCAGAUGACACCGAAGCGACAACAACCGCGGCAGCAGCGAUAACUACCGCGGAGACAGAUACCACUGCCACUGGGGCUGCUGAGACGGAACAGACCACCCAGGCGUCAGAGACAGACCAAGAAACCGCAUCGCCGGCGAGAACUACUUUCCUGACCAGCACCUCGUCCGCAUCCUCUCUAGAAAACACCGACUUAGCAAAUACCGCCGUCUCUGCAUCCUCUGCCUCAUCUUCCGCGUCGGCAUCCCCAAGCGCGGUGGUUGGCUCCGAGGGGCUGUCUGGAGGCGCAAAGGCAGGAAUUGCGAUAGGCGUGCUCUUGGGACUUGGUGUGGUCGCCGGAGUGAUUUUCCUCCUGAUGCGCAAGAAGAAGCAGCAGCAGGAGAAAGAGAGACUUGCGGAGAUUGAAGCCGAGAAUGAGAAGUUCACCAUCCCAGAGGACACCGCGCCACCACCGCCUCCUCCAAAGCCCAUUCCAAAGGCUCCUUCUACUCCCCCUCAACUGAACAUCCGCCCCGUCACUCAGUUUGCGCCUUUUGCGUCGGACUUUGGCUUCAGGGACAGUGUCUCUCGCUUCUCUACGGUUGGUGCCGGCGCGGCCGUUGCUUCAGGUGCAGUUGGUACACGCAGUCUGACCGGAAAUUCGUCGUCGCCGCCAGCUACCCCAGAGUCAACUAUAUUCAGCAAAGAUCCGUUCAGUGACCCAGUCAAUCCAUUUGGUGGUUCACCUGGGGGAGGCUCUCCUACGACAGGAAUAGCUCAUCGGCCUGUAUCCGUUUCUGAAAGCUCCCAUGCGACUACGGCUGCUGAGGCAGUGGCUGCUGGAGCUGUAGCCGGAGCUGGUCUUGCAGCUGUUGCCGAAGAGGCCUCAGGUUCAGAGGCGUCUGAGAAGGAGUCACCAAAUCGUCCGGAAACCUCCAUGUCACACGUGCCUUCCGAGCGUCGACCUUCGAGUAUCAGUAAUUUGAGCCACAUUGGUUCCGAGAUGGGGGCCAUUCCAACAGCUGCUGCCGUUGCUACUGCCGUUCCAAUCGUUGCAUCUGCAGGGCCCGGUCCGGCACCAUCCAACGUGCAUCGUGUGCAUAUGGACUUCACCCCUUCGAUGUCGGAUGAGUUGGAACUCCAUGCUGGUGAUCUCGUUCGGCUACUGCACGAGUAUGACGACGGAUGGGCUCUUUGCGUUCGACUCGGCCAGUCGCAACAGGGCGUUGUCCCCCGCUCCUGUCUCUCUUCCCGGCCUCUGAAACCGCGCACUGGCCCGCCUCCAAGCGCUGGUCCCAAACUACGCGGGCCGCCAAUUAUGGGUCCAAACGGCCCUAUGCCGGCAGGACCCACGACGCAGGCACCGCGCUUCUAUCCUCCGGAUAUUCGGCCACUUUCGCCUGCGCGCCCGAUGUCCCCAGCUCGUUCCAUGUCUCCAGCACCGGCACCGCGCUUUUAUCCACAGGAGAUUCGACCACUCUCGCCCGCACGUCCCAUGUCUCCCGGUCAUCCUGGCUACGCCGGCCAACGCCCUAUAUCGCCGGCAACAUUCUUCCCCGACGUUCCACGGUCACUUUCUCCCGGACCAGGUCCCAACCCAAUGAUCCCUAGAUCCAUGAGCCCUGGACCUCAUGGGCCCCCAGGAUUUCAGAGACCAGAACCGUCAGCAAGCCAGCGUGCACCUAACAACAGCAGUGGUGGCCCUGUUGCGCAGAACCCUCGAAUAACAGGACCAAGCCCUCUGGGAGGUCCCGGGCGGCCGCAGCAAACAGCCAGGCUUUCCCUAUUUCCUGCAGCAGCACCAGCAAAAGCCGAGAUGCAUACUCCCAGACAGCCAUGAGCCCUGACAUGAGAUGCUAUCAGCUGGCACAGACGUCAAUUUACGGUCCACUCCCAUGAUACGUCCCGGAUGAAUCCUUCAAAUCACCAUAGGCUUAUGUUGAAUGCACAUAUCACACUUGCUUACGUCCUCCAUUUAUCUGAUUAACGCUACCCUUUCCCACCUUCAGGAAGAUAUUCCAUUUUACCAACCAACCUUCCAGACCUCCAUCUCUGGUCUCAUUCUUUGUCUACACUACUGUCACUGUCCCCUUUCCGUUCAUGUGAAUGACCCACCCAUAUACCA